GACGGGUAACAACCAGAAAAGCAUGACAUGGGACCUUUAAGGACGACCUACAUUACAAUAACAUUUAGCCACUAAUUUGCCAUAAGGAAAGGUGCCUCUCAGAUGUUUUACCAUAGGUUAGCUAGCUCAUGUGAUUGCUGGAGGAUUCAUGGGUAACGGUACCGUCUUUAGACUAUCAACAAUUUGACCUCUGCUUAUAUGUUUGAUGCAUGCUUCUGUUUAUGUGUAUUUUCACACAUAUUCAAAUUUGAGUUAAACAAACUUAUACCAUUAUCAAACAAUGAUUUUGUGGUCCUCCUGCAGUGACUCUGAACACACCCUAAAAGACCCCUGUGGGUGAGGCUUGAAUAGUAAUUGGUAUCCCCAGGAUUGCUAGAGUUGAGGGAAGACUGAUCACAGAGUGUUUGUUCUGGAAAUUGAAAAUGUUCUACCCAAGUGAAAGAACCCUGCUCACACAAGAUGGUCAAUGAAUCUGAACAUUUAAAAGACCAAGACCGGCUGUGAUGUUCCUGGAAUGACGUUCAGUAAUGUUGCAGCAUGUUAUGUCUUAAUGUGUUCAAUCCUGCAGUUUACCCUCCGUAUCCUCCUCAAGCUACACACAGUCACUGCUACAGUUCUUUGCCUGUAAUCAUUUCCUUUCCUCACUAGAUGUGGAAGUGCAGAGAAUGAAAAAGGCAGUCGAGUCAUUGAUGGCAGCGAAUGAAGAGAAGGAUCGUAAGAUUGAUGAACUAAAGCAGUCGCUGCUGCGGUAUAAGAAAGUUCAAGAAAUGGUGAUGUCAGUGCAAGGGAAGAAAGAGAAAGGCAAAGAUAACGAGUAUUUCGAGGGUGAUGGCGAUGGAUUCAACGAGUUCUUCCUAAGCAUCCCGAUGUCUGCUGAGUCGGAGAAGUAUGAUGUAUUGGAUGUUGAACUGAAGAGGAGGAGCCCAGAUGAGUUGGAGAUGCUUAAUGGUCAGACUGAAGAGCCUUCACCCUCUCCCAGCCCUUCAGAUCCAGAACGAGUGUCAGAGUCGGCACCAACAGAUGCUGAAAGCUGCCAGGAUCCCAUCAAGAAGGGCAGCCAGGAUCAGAUGGAAAGGAGCAAUAAUGAAAAGAAUGCUAAUGAAGGGAUCAGUAAGAUGAGUGGGAAGCCUCCUGUGGGUUCCUCUGCGACCCUGCCGACCUCCACAGAGGACGAGAGCUUCGGCUCCAGAAAGGCUCGCUCAUCCUUUGGAAAGGGCUUCUUCAAGAUCCGCGGGGGCAAGAAGACAGGCAGUACUCCUAACCUCGACCGCAGCCGAAGCGCAAGUGCCCCUAUGCUAGCUGAAACGGAGCGACCGGGCACCGACCAUCUGGACCUGGCCGGGCUGCCACAGAGGUCGGCUAACAGCGGCAGCACCAACACACUCUCCGCGACCCCUGAGGGCAGGAAAAAAGCCAAAGGAAUAAAGAAACUCUUUGGGAAGCUAAAAAGGAGUCAGUCUACCACAUUUAACCUGGAUGACAACCUACCAGAGGGAGACUUUAAGAGAGGCGGAGUGCGAGCCACAGCGGGACCCAGGCUGGGAUGGUCUCGGGACCUCCAGAAACCCAAUGAGGUUGAUGCUCCCUUUGCGCGCUGGUCGAAGGAUCAGGUGUGCAACUGGCUGCAGGAUCAGGGGCUCGGUCUCUAUGUGAACAUGGCUCGAGUGUGGAUCUCCUCUGGACAGACGCUGCUGCAGGCCUCACAGCACGACCUGGAGAGGGAGCUGGGCAUCAAACACCCGCUGCACAAAAAGAAGCUGCAGCUGGCUCUGCAGGCCCUCGGCUCAGAGGAGGAGAAUAAUAAAGGAAAGCUGGACUACAACUGGGUGACCAGAUGGCUGGAUGACAUCGGUCUGCCUCAGUAUAAGACCCAGUUUGACGAGGGGAGGGUGGACGGUCGCAUGCUGCACUACAUGACAGUGGAUGACUUGCUUUCUCUGAAAGUGGGGAGUGUCCUGCAUCACCUCAGCAUCAAGAGAGCCAUCCAGGUCCUCCGACUCAACAACUACGAGCCAAACUGCUUGCGGCGAAGGCCAUCUGACGAGAACAAUAUUUCUCCUGCAGAGAUUUCCCAGUGGACCAACCACAGGGUGAUGGAGUGGCUGCGCUCUGCGGACCUGGCUGAAUACGCUCCCAACCUGAGAGGCAGCGGAGUGCACGGAGGCCUGAUGGUCCUGGAGCCGCGCUUUAACGUGGAGACCAUGGCUCUGCUGCUGAACAUCCCCCCCAACAAGACGCUGCUGCGCCGCCACCUCGCCACACACUUCAACCUGCUCAUCGGCUCCGAGGCCCAGCAGCUCAAACAGGAGUGUCUUGAAAACCCAGACUACACUCUGCUGACUGCCACCACUAAGGUCAAGCCAAGGAAAAUGUCAUUUGGUAACUUUGGCAGUCUGAGGAAGAAAAAGCACGAAGAGAACGAGGAGUACGUGUGUCCGAUGGAUGUGGAGAUGCCAAAGGGACGAAGCUUUCAGAAAGGCUAUGAGCUCCAAAUCUACGAGGACGACCUCGACAGACUAGAACAGAUGGAGGACUCUGAGGGAACUGUGAGACAGAUCGGAGCUUUCUCUGAGGGUAUUCAAAACCUGACGAGCAUGCUAAAAGACGAUGAAUUCUUCAAAGAGGCUUCCAAUUCACCGAACCCCAGCGUAACAGACGAGGACUCCAUGGCGUGAGGCAGUCGGCACCCCGAGCUCUGGUCCUGCUGAGAAUGAAACUCUGGGCCUACCCCUCCCCACUACUCAAAGACUUGGCUCAACAAACCCCAAGAUUGCUCCAACAUUUCAUUUUAGUGUUACAUUCAAAGAUGAGCCAAAAGUAUUACAGUGUCUCCUCCUUUUCAGUUUCAAACGACGGUUUUGUGGCAGCCUACAGUCCUUUCACUCCUGAACUCUGUCUCCGUCAGAGGGAACAUUUAGGGCAUCACCACUGCCUGCCAGCUGGUUUCUGGAGAUAUUUUCUACUCAGUUGUGUACUGGCACUGUUUAUAUUUAUGAUAGAAGUGUCAACCAGCAGGAUAAAAGACAUCUUAAAUAUGCCAAUAUAGAUUUUAAUAUAUGUCUUGUAAUCUGCCUCCUGAAGUGAUGUGCUGAGACGAUUUUACUCAUGUUUAGAAGGUGGUGUAAAGUAAUAACUCUAAAACAGCUGCUAUGUUUUAUUCAGAACUAAACCCUGCUAUUUAUGUGGGAAUGUUCACAUAUGUUAUCCUACGUUGAGCAUUUUACAGGUUUUCACUCCAAAGUAAUAUUCUAAAUCUAUUUGCAGUACAAAGGCUGUACUUUACAGUAACAUUGCAUGGUAAUAACAUUCAACACAUUUAUGUAAGAGCUUUUUGUUUUUUUAAUUUGUUUUUUUACCAUAAAUUGAUUUAAAUGGAACCCUGUUUGUUGACAGUUAUUUUCAGAAAAGUUGAUUUGGAUGUCCUUUUUAUUUCAGAUAAUGUUUUAAUGCAACCCUCGACCAUCCACGAGAAGUUGUGUAUAUAGUUUUUUUUUUUUUACGUUCAUCCAUUUCUAAGAUCAAUAAAAUAAUUUCAAUCGGUUUGGAUUUUGUUUUAACAAACAAGAGAUUAUGGGAAAGCUGAUUUCACUGCUAAAUGAUUAAAAAAACAUGACUGUU